AUGGCUGCUAUUAAACCAGAACUGAUUGUACCCGAGAGGGUUCUAUCUGCGUCAGCCAGUGCUCAACUAGACGCUGACUCGGGGAUCUUGACUCUCUGUAACGAUCGGCCUUCCGCAACUGCGGUGAACGCCACAAUUGUUCUCGAUUAUGGCCGCUGUAUUGGUGGACUCCCUAUUUUUACCGUUGAUCGUGCAAACGGCCAAGAUUUAAUAACACUGCAAGUUGUGUACAGUGAGACAAUCGAAGGAAUUGACUGCGAGACGGGCGAUGGGCCAUUCUUUCUCUUUUCUAACGCCAUGGACAGCUAUCGCAGUGUGUCCGUGGAAAUAAAGCCGUCCGACUCACAGCAAGUUGUCAGAUCUACGUUUACACAGAGAUCACAGAGAUACAUAAAACUUGUGCUUCUCUCACCCGAGACAUCCGUGGUCAUCAGUAAGAUUGGGAUAGAGAUGGUUAGGCCUCUCAUAGCACCAAAAGCGUCCUUCUAUUGCUCUGACGAGUCUCUCAAUCUUAUUUGGAAAGACGGCGUCAGGACCAUAGACGCGUGCACUGUACUCAAAGGAGAAACCGCACCAUCAUGGGAAGUCACUGCAACAGGCACCAGAAUUCCCGGUCAGCAUUGGGCUCCUUGUCGCCGGGGCACUCGGUGGGGCGAUAAAGAAGUCUCAUUCGAGGUCCUUGCGGAACAGCGUGGCGCCAGUUGGGGCGUUCAUAUGGUGGCCAAUGGAAUCAUCUUCUGUUUGGACACAGAAGCUGAAGAACUUCGUGCCUAUGAGGGUUUGUCGGACCAGCCAGCUGUGUUUCCGGUGAAGAGAUUCGGAAGCUGGUCUACCCAUGGCAUCGCCAAAAGGGGUGAAUGGGUCAAGAUAUCCACCGUCGCAAUUGGCAGCGUCGUCACGGUCACAAUCAAUGAUCGAGAAGUCACUACAAUUUCAGAUGCUCAAGUGCGGCCGAUACUUGGUGGCUCAGCCAUCAACACCGGCUCUGUGGCCUUUGGUGGACCCAACGGAUGGCGAUCAGUCUAUCGAAACCUGGUCGUUAAAAGCCCCGACGGAGAAAUCUUGUACGAGAACGAUAUGCAACUCGGAAACAAGGACAGAAUUCUGUCAGACUUUCAAGUAGGAACCAAUGCUGUUUCCUGUAUGAUUGAUGGUGCCAAGAGAGACAGAGCCACAUUUGGCGGAGAUUUGUUCGUGUCGGGCCGAGGAGUUGCCUAUGCUCGCUUGGAUAUUGAAGCUGUUGCGGGCAGCAUUAGACUGCUUGCGAGUCACCAAACAGCAGAAGGAUAUCUUGGUAACCUCUGUCCGAUCCAAGCCCCCAUUCAUACUGGCGAUGAACCGCCGCCGACAUACGCGUUCUACUCCAUAACAUACGCUUUUCUGUUGGUUGUUGCCGCCAAGGAUUAUUGGCUGCACUCAGGGGAUGACAAGUUUAUUUGCGAUUUCCUUCCCGCCGCUGAAAAGCUGCUCACAUUUGCGGAAUCACAUCUGAAGCCAUCCGGUCUCAUAGAGGCACCUCCUGAACUUUCAAUGCACUGGUACCCUAUGGGUGGUCCGAUAUUUGGUGCUUCUGGAACCACAAACCUAGCAUACUAUGACGCCUUGAAUGCCAUCAUUGCAAUGACCUCCGAUGCUGAACGGAAAACGCAACUCGCCGGUAAGGCCCAGACUCUGAAGGAAAGCAUCCUGGCCUGCCUUUGGAACCCAGAAACACGCAGUAUCCGUAUGGGUAUGGCAUUGCCCAGCGACGGUAUCUGCCAAGACACAAACGGUUACGCGCUCCAUUUUGAUAGUGCUUACAUUGCCUGCUGGGACGAUUGCAGAGCUAUCGGCCCCUGA